ACGCUACGUAGACUAUCAUGCUAUCUUUCACGCUACUUCCGCUGUUGCAGUAAUCCCAUGGCCGAUGCUGAAACGGUUCGUUUGUGCACCCAGGUGGUUCAUUCACACUUCGGUCCACUUACAACAAAUAUUGCUACAGCCCUGCUUCAUCGUGGACGACUAUCAUUCCCGCAACUUUUACGAUAUACUAGAUUAAAACCAAGGACCGUGCGCGCCGCUAUCCUUGUAUUAGUGCAACAUAACCUUCUCUGGCACGCGCAAACGGAGGAGGAAGGUGGGGUACUAGAAUUCAACACCACGGAAUGCCUCAAGCGAAUGAGAUUUGGACGGUAUGUUUGGUUAGUGGAAAACAUGUUCGGGAACGCAGCCGCCGAGAUCGUGCAACUUGUACUAGACCAUGGAAAACUUCGCCCACUGGAUAUAAUAUCACAACUCUCGAUAUAUGACCCUAAAAAUACCAGCGUGUAUUCCCAGGCCUUGUAUAAGUUAGUAUCUGAAUCAUACUUGAAACCAUCGACAUUGCUUUCCCACCAGUCGCCGCGGGAUAAGCGUAUAAAAUACGAAGCCGAGGAGAGGGCUAAACUGACCGGGUUCCCGACUGCACGGGAACUGCGUGAGGCCAAGGAGGUGGCGGAAGCCCGUUUGAAAAGGGAGGAAGAGGAGGCAGAAAGAGUCGGUCUGAAACCAAAGCCAAAAGACCAAUUGAACCAUCGGUCUUCAAAAAAAAAGGUUGCAGAGGAAGUGGUAGACGAUGACGUCUACUUUCGAGUCAACUUGGAUAAAUUCGAUGUCCAUAUCCGCAAUAAGCUCAUUGAAACAGCCGUCGAAGAACGGUUCAAUCGCUAUGCCGUUGUUGUCAUGAGAGCUACCCUAAAAGCUACUGAAUCUAAGCAAAAAUCGCUAUCUGAUGCUCGUUCGGACCCUUGCUCCACCAAUGCCAUCGUCAUGCACAUACCCGACGAUGAGGACCUCUCUGCAGGUCUCGCAUCAAAUUCGAAAAAGCCUUCCAAUGCCUCUCUAGUCAGGCAAUACUUAGGAUUGAUGGCGAGCGCUGACAACCCUACCCCCGCCGGUCGUGCUGCAUCGUUCCUAUCUCACUCUGACAACAAAGUUUAUGUGGAGUUCGAUAUUAUCAGCCGGCGACUCCGUAGACGUGUGUUGGAGUCUGUGGCUCGAGAGCGACACGGCGAGGAUGCUGUGAGGAUUAUUCGAUUGUUACUAGACGUUGGUAAGAUGGACGAGAAACAGGUAGCAAAGGUGGCCAUGAUGGCUAACAAGGAUGUUAGGCCGUUGUUAUCCGCGAUGUCAUCUGACUGCUUGAUUUCUACCCAAGAGAUCGCUAAAAGCACAGACCAUAAUCCGACACGGACGUUCUAUCUUUGGCACGUUGACCUCGACAGAGCAUACUCAACAUUACUCAGUAGUCUCUACAAAACCCUGUUCAAUAUAAGUGCACGACGACAAGCGGAGCAGGAAGAGCCUGAGAUCAGGGCGGUCCUGGCCAAAUGCGAGCGUACGGAUGUUGCCCAAGAUGAGAAGCUGUUGACUCGGAGGGAACGAGAGUUACUGUCGGAGUGGAAGAGGAGGAGAGAGAAGUUGAGCGUAUUAGAGAUGAGAGUUGAAGAGGCUGUCUUCAUCCUCAGAGACUUUGCUCCAGGAAGAAAUAGUGAUGAAUGAUGAUAAUGAA